AUGGGCAGCCAGCCUCCGCCUCUCUCGCCUCCGCUGCCCGUCUACCUGCGCUCGACACCGACGAGGAAACCUCACCCGGUCCUGCCACCGGAUGGCCAGGACAGCAGUGUUGUUAUUCACGGAGGACCUGUCUCGCCAGUGAGGAUAGACGCUGGCAUACCGCAACCACAGCCUUCCAGUGCAGAGAUGGGCCAUACCACCAACGGUCAGCUACACGACACUCAGGAGAGCGGCAGACGGACGGCAGAAGGACGAAUCGACGGCGAUGGUGAUGGACCACGGACGGACAGCCCGGACAGACAGACUGCGGAUGACAGGAGAGAGAGUGACGAAAGUAUCGAGCCGUACCAGCCGCUCCAGUACCACCACCAGCCUUUUCACGAGCAUGUCCGGAGUGCCAGUGCAAGUGCCAGCAUCUCCUCUCGCUCUUCUAGCAACCGCAACAUCCACGGUGACUAUCUGGGCAUCCCUCACUCCAGCAGACGCUCCCCACAUACCCGCGCGGGCAGCUCCCACUCCCACUCAGAUAUCCGCCCACUCUCCUUUGUCGAUUUGCUGAAUGUGCCUUACCCGCAACCUCCUCCAGCCGCCAAUGCCUUCAGCAACGCCCAGUUACGCUCAGCCGUGGGCAACAAUGCGUCCCUGCUCAGCCAGAAGCAGACCUUUGACAUGUAUCUGGCCAACGUGAAGAAGACCAACGACCCUGGCGCCCAGUACGAGUUUGCCGUCUUCAUGAUACAUGCCGCCCAGGACAUAGACCAGGCCGAGGCAGCAGAAGGGAACAACAACAACAAUAACAACAACAGCAGCAGCAGCAGCAGCAGCAACAACAACAACAACAACAACCCAGCAAAGGGGGAAAUCUCGCGUGCUGAGCUGCUCCGUGAAGCCAAGGGGAUCCUGCAGCGCCUGUCGGACAGAAGUUACCCUUACGCACAGUACUACCUUGCCGACGGUCUUGCCUCCGGUCUCUUCAACAAGGGCAAACCGGACCAUGACAAAGCCUUCCAACUUUUUGUUGCGGCAAGUAAGCAUGGCCACGCCGAAGCCGGAUACCGUGCCGCCCUCUGCUACGAGUUCGGCUGGGGAAGUAAACAGGAUGGCGCCAAGGCUGUGCAGUUCUACCGCCAGGCUGCCUCUAAAAACCACCCGGGGGCUAUGGCCAGGCUCGGUCGUGCUUGUCUAGCCGGAGAUAUGGGGCUGGUAAAACGAUACCGUGAGGGACUCACCUGGCUCAAGCGAGCUGCUGAGUCCGCUGAUGUCCAGUACAAUGCUGCACCUUUUGAACUGGGCCUGCUACACGAGGCAGGAUACGGAGACGAUGUCUUCCAGGACGAGUCCUACGCAGCACAGCUGUUCACGAAGAGUGCGGAGCUAGGACAUGCGGAGGCUAGCUACCGUAUGGGUGAUGCCUACGAGCACGGAAAGCUCAAUUGCCCUCGAGAUCCGGCCCUGAGCGUGCAUUUCUAUACCGGGGCAGCACAGCUAGGCCACCCGAUGGCCAUGAUGGCCUUGUGUGCGUGGUUCAUGGUCGGCGCCGAACCGAUCCUGGAAAAGGACGAGAACGAAUCCUACGAAUGGGCUAGACGGGCUGCCGAGUGCGGCCUGGCGAAAGCAGAGUACGCAGUCGGCUACUUCACCGAGAUGGGCAUAGGAUGUCGUCGUGACCCUCUAGAGGCGAACGUAUGGUACGUCCGCGCCGCAGACCAUGGUGAUGAGAGGGCAAAGCAUCGUAUAGCCGCCAUCCGAGCUGCCGCUUCUGGAGCUGACCCUGCCUCUGCCGCUUCCCGCCGUCUCACUAAAAAUGGGGAUAAACCAAAAGGAAAACGAUUCGGUCUAUUUUAA